AUGGAGAACAUGGUGGCAGUUUUGGUGAUCUUAGGUGAAUGCUUGUUGAGCAGCCAGGUGCUGUACUCUGAGCACAGCUCCAGUAGUAAGACACCAGCCAGUGAGGUGGUGUGGGCCAAACGCUCUAAAGACACUCGGCUAGUGGACAAAUUCAGCAAGCAGAGAGAGGACCGAGCCCUAGAAAGCAGGCUGAAGCAGCCAAUCAACCCCACCACUACUGCUGACUGUGACAUCACAGAAAAGGAUGAGAGUGAUCUAAAUGGGGUGUUUUCAGAGGUGGUAGGUGGUAAAAGAAGAGGUCAGCAGGAAGAUGGUGAAGAACGACCAAAGACCAAGAAAAAGAGGCAGUCGGGCAAAGAUGAAGAGUAUUAUAUCCCUUACAGACCCAAAGACUUUGACUCUGAGAGAGGGUUGAGUCUCGGUGGAGAGGGCAGUGCUUUUGAACAGCAGGCCUCUUCAGCUGUCCUUGAUCUCAUGGGAGAUGAAGGCGAUCGCCUUAACCAGCAGAAGAAAAUGAUGAAAUGGGACCGUAAGAGGAAGCGUUUUGUGAGAGAAACGGGAAAAGAAGACCAGAAGAAGAAGAUCAAAACAGACAGCGGUCAGGUUAUCAGUAACAAGAAGAACAGGAAGAACUUUUAUGAGGAGUGGAAGAAAAAAUACAAGAUUGAUGAUACAGGAUCUGGAUCAGAUGGAGAAACAGGCGGAGGAGGCAGGAAGCCAGCAAGAGGUCGUGGCCGUGGCCGACGAGGUCCAAACGUACAGAGCUCCGGUGACCACAAAGCACGCUCGGAGCUGAAAACAAAGGAUCAGAUCAUGAAGCAGCGCAAGAAAAAGCAGAAGCACCAGUUCCUGCAGGGCGGGGGGAUGAGGAAGCUCCGCUCCAAGAACAAAAAGUGGCUCGGAGAAGUUAAAAAGUCAGGUUUUGGAAGGGGUGGCCAUAAGAAAGGCAAGCUGAGGAAGAAACUGUGAGGAGGACAGAGGGUUGAUGGUGUGGAGGACAUCACGAGGAACUGGGUGAUAAGCGCCAGAAUCAUCUGAGAACAUCACCAAAGAUUUUCCUGGCGCUUUGUGUGACUGUAGAUUAAGGAGAAAAUGAUUUGUGCAUCUUUACACUGCAGAAAUGCACGUCACUUCUUCCUUGAUGGCCUGCUGAACUCUGCGUUUGCCACAGAGUUAUGUUUAAUUAUGAUCCACUAACCUGGAUUUACUACUUGUAAGCAUGUUGGCAGUCUAAUAAAAGUGUU